GGAGCAUCCAGGGCGGCCACCGCGGCAGCGGCUGAACUUUGCUCUUUCGCGGGAGGCGGGGAGAGCCCUGGGGCUCGGCGGAGCGGGUCCCCGCCGGACCCGGACCGGCACCGGGCUGCAUGCAGCGGCGGCGGCGGCGGGGCCCGUAGGGGCGAGGGCGGGCCGGGGCAGCGCCGCCGCCUCCUCCUCCUCCUCCUUCCCUGCCGGUGCCGCGGAGCGGAGAGCCACCGGGGGCGGGCAGCGGCGGCCCCCGCAUGCGGCCGAGCCCCGGGGCGGCCGCCGCGCCCGGAGCCGCCCGCGCCCCGCGGGGGGAUGCGCCGCGCCGCGCCCCCGCUCCCGCCGCCGCAAAGUUUCCGCGGAGCCCCCCCGUUAACGGGGGGGGGGGAGCCCUGGGAGAGAGAGCGGGGGGAGGACGGACAAAACCCCCCCUCAACCCCCUAAAAAAACAUAAAAAUCCCAAACCGGCCUCCACCCCCCAAAAAACUUGCUUAACUCGUUCCGGGAGGCGCCGGGCGCCGCGCACCGGGCCCCGCUCCAUGCGGCGGCGGGGCCGGUGCUGAGCCCCGGGGCCGCGGAGCCAUGGCCAUGGUGGCCGGUGGCUGGGGCGAGCCCAACGGCGGCGGCGGCGGCGGGGAGGAGGCGGUGUCCCCGGCGGGCGGCGGCAGCGACGCGGAGCACGGCGAGGAGGAGCGGGCCGGGGCGCCGGUGGACUGCGUGGUGUGCGGGGACAAGUCCAGCGGGAAGCACUACGGGGUCUUCACCUGCGAGGGCUGCAAGAGCUUCUUCAAGCGCAGCAUCCGCAGGAACCUCAGCUACACCUGCAGGUCCAACCGUGAUUGCCAGAUUGACCAGCACCACCGCAACCAAUGCCAGUACUGCCGCCUGAAGAAGUGUUUCCGCGUGGGGAUGAGGAAGGAAGCUGUGCAGCGGGGCCGGAUCCCCCCCACCCACUCCAGCACCAGCCCCAACGCCUUGCCCAGUGGGGAAUACUUCAAUGGGCAGCCGGUGUCGGAGCUCAUCUCACAGCUGCUGCGGGCUGAGCCCUACCCUGCCGCCCGCUAUGGCUCACAGUACGCACAGCAGGGCAGCGUCAUGGGCAUUGACAACAUCUGCGAGCUGGCCGCCCGCCUCCUCUUCAGCACAGUGGAAUGGGCCCGGAACAUCCCCUUCUUCCCCGAGCUGCCUGUCUCCGACCAAGUGGCCCUGCUACGGCUCAGCUGGAGCGAGCUCUUCGUCCUCAAUGCGGCGCAGUCAGCGCUGCCGUUGCACAUGGCUCCACUACUGGCGGCUGCCGGCUUCCACGCCUCCCCCAUGUCAGCCGACCGCGUUGUCUCCUUCAUGGACCAGAUCCGCAUCUUUCAGGAUCAGGUGGAGAAGCUCAACCGGCUCCAGGUAGACUCGGCCGAGUACAGCUGCCUGAAAGCCAUUGCGCUCUUCACGCCCGAUGCCUGUGGCCUCUCGGACCCGGCGCACGUGGAGAGCUUGCAGGAGAAGGCGCAGGUGGCGCUGACCGAGUACGUGCGCUCGCAGUACCCCUCGCAGCCCCAGCGCUUCGGCCGGCUCCUACUGCGACUGCCAGCUCUCCGCGCCGUGCCGGCCGCCCUCAUCUCCCAGCUCUUCUUCAUGAGGCUGGUGGGGAAGACGCCCAUCGAAACACUAAUCAGGGACAUGCUGCUGUCUGGGAGCACCUUCAACUGGCCCUACGGGACAGGGCAGUAAGGGACGGAGCCUGUCCCCCACCCUGGGGACACCCAGCAGCCAGACCUGGAUUCCCUCCAGCACCCUGAGAUGGUACCGUCCCCGGGGAGCCCCGAACUGUGCUGGCCCCCACCCUGCAGCCGCCUUGUAGCUCGUCUGUCUGCCACAGUGGCAGGGGCUGCGCCCUCCAGAAGCAGUGGGGGCAUGGCAUUGUCCUCCUGAACCCCAAGGUACUGGCCGUGCCACCGCUGUCACACACCGAACUCUUCUGUACCUCUGUGAAGUGGAGCUCCUCGGACCCCCAGUCCCCCCUGGGAACCUCGGAGCAUCCUGGGGGCUGGUCCUUCGCUCUGUCCCUGCAUUGGAGCCAGGCUGGAGCCUGGGGAGGGGGGUGCCGUCCUCUGCUGCCCCCUCUGAAUCUGAAUUCCAGAUGACAGGAGGCUGGGACAGGUGAUGGGAGGCAUGGGACCAGCCAGGCUGAAGCGUGGUGGAACCCCAGCUGUGCAGAGCCAUCUUCUGCAGGGUCCAGUUGUGGGGACCCCUGGCUCUGUCCCCCUCCCUGUCCUGGCAAUCAUGGCAAAAGGGUCAUUGUAAAGCCCCUUUGUCCCUGCCCAGGGGCUGCCCCUGCCCACCUGGGCCAUAUCCAGCUUCAAGGACUGAAGCACCAAGCUUGGAGCAGCCCUUUUUUGGGGACAGAUCUUGUCCCCACCUGGUUCCAGUGCCCCCCUGCACUUUCCACUGAAGCAUCUCCACUGCUGGGGCACGGGGAGGGGCUGGGGAUGGCUGACAGGGGCCAUGCACCAUGCAGGAUGCAAACCAAGGGGUCUUUUUUGGGUGCUGCACAGCACCCAGCCCUUCUCCCCAGGCUCAUUCCUCACUGUCUUGCUUGGUGCUUUGCCCCCUCUCCAGGCCAGAUCCAGCACCUACCACCAUCCUCAUGCUGGUGGGUGGUUGCCAGCAUCCCCCUCCCCAUGCUCACUAUGUUCCUGUGCCUCAUUAUUUUUUGUAAGCCAGGUUUGGGGGAGAGAUGCUGGAGGGGGCUGGGGAACAGAAUCAGGCUGGAAAGAGGUGAUGCUGGUGUGUGGGCUAAGCCGUGCCAGAGGAGGGGCCACACGAGGGGCAGAGCCACCCUGGAGGGACGAGGGAUGCCCUGUGGCCUCUGAUCCUGUGCCAGCGGUGCCGCCAGCCUGGGAUCAGGUGCCCAAGGGUUGUCCCCUGGGCUCUGCUUCUCAGGGGUAUCCACCGUGCAAACAGACGGAGGCAGGAUUAGCCAGGGAUUUGUCAUUUAGAUUGAUUCACUGAAAAUAUAAUCCUUGUUCAAUGAUACUAAACAAAUUAACUGAAGUCAAUAAAAGAUGUUUCUUACAA